GGGUACAUAGUAGCAGCUUUCUUGUCUUUCUCUCUCUUCUACACUUUCCAAUUUCCAGCUAGGCAUUAUCUUAAUUAACACAUAGUGAUAGUACCCUCUUCUCCUCCCUAUUCUCCAUAUUUCUUUUAUUUUAUUAAUAAUAUCAUUAUAAAUUUCUUUCAAUCCCAUAUUUAUCUGUUUCUUUUUCAUCUUCUUAGUCUUCUCCCUAUUAUCUUAAAAAUACCUAUAUUUUUUCAUUUUUUAGUCUUUACUGCAUAUUAAACCAUCUAGGUUUUAGUUUUUGAAUUCUUAAACCAAAAAUCCAAAAACUAAUUUUUAUAUUUUUUAUCUAAAUUUAUACUUUUUUUUCAUAGAAUAAAUCAUCAAUUAUUAUUAUUAUUAUUAUAAUUAUAAUACAUUUUUAUUUGAAUUCCUUUGAUUAUGUCUCAACCAAGGCAAUUUCAUAUAGUUGGAGAAAAUUAUAAUUAUGGAAUUCAGUUCAUAAAUAAUGAUACAACUUAUACAAAAAUAUUUGUGGGUGGUUUAGCUUGGGAAACUCAAAGAGAUACUAUGAAGAAAUAUUUUGAACAAUUUGGUGAGAUCUUGGAAGCUGUAGUCAUCACUGAUAAAACUACCGGAAGAUCUAAAGGCUAUGGAUUUGUAACAUUUAAGCAUCCGGAAUCAGCUUUUAGGGCAUGUCAAAACCCAUCACCAGUUAUUGAUGGAAGAAGGGCAAAUUGCAAUCUUGCUUCUUUUGGUGCUCAGAAGAACCGUCCACCCACUCCUCAAAAUGUUGUUGCAGGAGCAGGAAGGUAUAGAACAUCACCUGGAUUGAUGAAUGCGCCUGCUUAUCCAGGUUCAUCUUCACCAGCUUACUAUCAUCAACCAUCUGCUCACCAACCUCCAUUUCCUUAUUCAUCUUAUGGAUUCACUGGUUAUGCACAUGAUACAAUGUACCCUAUGAAUUACUAUGGUGUGUAUGGUCAACAAUUUUCUCCAUACUACCCAACAACUGGAACAGCAACAGCAGCAUCAUCAUCAACAGGGACAAUAGGGUAUUUUCACAACUAUUACCCAUAUUAUGCCCCUUAUGCACAAAGUAAUCAAGCUCUUGGUUUUGGGACCCAGUAUCCUCAAAUGCUACAACAAUACCCUUUCUUACCCCAGCAACUUAAUACCAGUGGAAUCUUAUCACUUCCCACUUCAACUAUGCCAAUGCCUAAUACUAUCACUUCUACUACAGGAGUGACAACAACUAUAGAGAUAAUGGCUGUAUCAACAGAGUCAGGUCCUUCUCAAGCAAUUACCACUGGAGCAAUUACCUCUGAACCCAUUUCAUCAACCUAGCAAGAAGAAGCCCAUGUGCUUUAUAUUAUAAAGACUAACAAAUUUCAUAAAAAUGUGAAAAAAAGAAGAAAAUAUUUCCCAUUAAUCUUCAACAUUGAAGCAACAUAAGCUCCAUUUCUUCCCGGGAUCGCGAUAACAAGAGCUUGAAGAAGAUUUAGCCAUGUUUAUCGUCCAAGAUUUUCAUAAGAUUGAUCAAAUUAAACCAUAAUAUGAUCAAUCUUUUAAUCUUGGUUUAUGUUACAUGUUUAAUUAUUAGGGUUAUUAUAGUUAAUUAGUAGUAUUAGGAGUCAUUAAUUAGCAUAAGUAGGAUUAUGAAGGGGGGAAAAUCAUAUUGAUUAAAUUUAAUUUUUUGGCAUAUUUUUCAUGAGGUUGGAACCUAAAAUUGGUAUUGGUUACAACCCAAUUAGAUAAUUUUGGUUUAUGUCAUGGAUGCAUGAAGCAUCUCUAGGGCAUAAAUCUUGUUCAUAUUUAGUAGCAUUAUUUUUAUUAUUUGGUUCAAAAGGUUGGUUUUAUAACUUUUGAACCAAAAAAUUUGUUGUUUUUAUAGGUGCAUUUAGGAAGGGGAGAUAGGAUUCAAACCCUUUACCUAAUAGUCAGGAUAACCAAUAUGUGGCUAUUUAGGCCCUUUAUUGAUCCAAUUGUAUUUGUUCUUUAUUAUAAAAAAAAAAAAAAAGAAGGCAAGCUUGGAUGGCCUUGUCAAAUGUUGACUAGUAGUA